AGUGUUUGUGUUGUAUUCAUGCAUGCUGAGGUUAUACAUACAUAUAUACAAUGGGUUGUAGGGGUGGAAAAGGGGCUAUGUAUAGGAGAUUCAAGCCACACCUUCUGAUGGUUUUGGGUCAAUUUGGGUACACGUUCCUUUACUUCAUCACAGAAGCUUCUUUCAAACAUGGAAUGAAUCCUUUCGUUUAUGUCACCUAUAGACACUUUGUAGGUGGUGUGGUCAUGUUUCCUUUUGCCUAUUUCCUUGAGAAAAAAAUAAGGCCAAAGCUCACACUCGCAUUGUUUCUGGAGAUAUUUGUGCUCUCUCUUCUUGGGGUCAGCCUUACGUUAAACAUGUACUUUUCGAGCUUGAGAUACACAUCUCCAACGUUCGUGGCAUCGAUGGUCAACACGAUCUCGUCCUUGACUUUUAUGAUCGCAGUCCUUCUCAGAUUGGAGGGUCUGGAUGGGAGCAUACGUGGGAUUGCAAAGAUUGGUGGGACCCUGGUUUCACUGACUGGUGUGAUGGUCAUGACACUGUAUAAAGGACCUGUUUUGAGGAAUUUAGGAGGUGCUCUUAUUCACUUCCAAGGAAGUACUACCAUCCAUGAAAAUUGGAUCAAGGGAUCCAUUCUUACAGUCUCAAGCUGCAUUACAUGGGCUUUAUGGUAUAUAAUGCAGGCAAUCACAUUGAAGAAAUAUCCGGCCCAGCUUUCACUAACAACGUGGAUGAGCUUUGUUGGUGGGGCCCAAUCAGCUGUUUUCACCGCAUGCGUGGUACACAAACCCAAGGCGUGGACCGUUGGAUUCAACAUCGACCUCUGGAGUAUCAUAUAUGGUGGAGUGGUAGUUUCGGGCUUAAUAGUCUUCAUACAACUAUGGUGCACGGAAGAAAAAGGACCCGUUUUUGUAACCAUGUUCAACCCUCUUGCAACCAUACUCGUCGCAGUACUAGCUUACUUUGUUCUUGGUGAAAAACUCCACACAGGAAGCAUAAUAGGAGGUGUUAUUGUCAUCAUUGGACUCUACUUGCUGCUGUGGGGCAAAGAAGGAGAUCAUGCGGACAAGAUAAAGUCUCAAGACCUCUCCUCCUUGUCUCGUGAAGAACCAAAGGAAGGAACCCAAGAUAAAAGCAUUCACUUGGGUGGAGGAGAUAACUUGAAGAGAUCCCUAGAGGUUUAAAUGCUUAUAUUGUAAGGGAAAAGGAUUAAAAUGCACAUGAUAAUUGGUCAGCAAAUGGCACCAUAACUUAUCAUAGGACAUCAGUGCCAUGCUAGUAGUGGGCCUUAUCAUGAAAAUCUCUCAUAUCCAAAAAUUAAUUAUAAUCCACACAUCAAAUGGGCCACACUUGAAUGUUGAAUCCGGUUGCUAGUUUCCAUUUAUUCUAAUGGUGUGGCCCACUUGAUGAUGGGACUGGCUUGUUUUUAUCCUUGCUGAUCUUCAUGGUGGUGGUUACAGUUAAGAUGGUAGAAAUGUCCUACACAAGUACAAAGUUGGAGGGAAAAAGAUGCCUUCAUGAGAAAUUAUGUAGAUGAUCGAUUUCCAUUCGGCAAUGCGAAAGAAAAAGAAAAAGAAAAAGAAAAAG